AUGCAGCAGCACCUCCAAAUGAUGAGCAUAAUUAUGGAGCGCCAAUUAACGCUCCUCAGGGCGUCUAUCACCAAUACGGGUGUGAAGAGCAUUGUUGCUGCAUAUACCCCCGUCGAAAUGUAUGGCCACUAUGGUAAGUUUUCAACCAGAUGCAGCUAUGAUACGACGGCUGCUGCCCAAGAUGUGGUGCAAUUCAACUGGGGACCAAGUAGGAACGGAGCCAGCGCUGGACCGAUGAUGUCGGUCACGGAACUAGAGGGUCUUGGGAGUCGGUCGAGCACGGGCUGUCGUCUGCGUCGAGGACCAGAAGGGUAG